AGAUGAUCAUACUCAUCUCUACGCAGACCGACACCAGAAAUGGCGCUUCCUGCUUCAACUCCAUCUCUGUUCAAGCUCUCUUCUCGUUCACACCAUCCACUUUCUCCAAUUCUUCCAUCUCGGAGGACCCACUUAUCUAACCCUAGUUAUCUGCUCAGUUUCCCCCAAAUUGGCAGCUCAUCUUCACAAAUUAACACUCAAUUCAGAUGCCCCUUGUUCAAAAGCAUGCCGUUAGUUCCCCCUAAAAGGUUCACUUCCAAGGUUAGAGCUACAGCAGCGGGGGAAGAAGCAUAUCAGGAAGAUUUCUCAUGGAUUUCUGUUAUAUUACCGUUUGUAUUCCCAGCCUUGGGUGGUUUGCUGUUUGGGUAUGACAUUGGUGCAACCUCUGGUGCUACCCUCUCAUUACAGUCACCCGAGCUUAGUGGCACAACAUGGUUUAAUCUAUCAGCUGUUCAGCUGGGGCUUGUGGUCUCUGGCUCCCUUUAUGGAGCUCUUUUUGGUUCUAUCCUAGUCUACCCAAUUGCAGAUUUCCUCGGUAGGAAGCGUGAACUUCUAUUAGCGGCUCUGCUAUAUCUCCUUGGUGGUUCUAUCACGGCCUAUGCUCCAGGUCUUGGUGUUCUCUUAUUAGGUCGAGUUUGCUACGGCCUAGGUAUCGGUCUGGCUAUGCAUGGCGCACCCCUCUAUAUUGCAGAGACUUGUCCAUCUCAAAUCCGUGGGACUUUAAUAUCUUUAAAAGAACUGUUUAUAGUUCUUGGAAUCUUGUUGGGUUACUUUGUGGGAAGUUUUCAGAUUGACGCUAUCGGAGGUUGGCGUUAUAUGUUCGGGUUUAGUGCUCCAAUCGCUCUUUUGAUGGGGUUAGGUAUUUGGGGUCUACCGCCAUCUCCACGGUGGUUACUUCUUAGAGCAGUCCAAGGUAAAGCAUCUUUGCAAGAGAACAAAGAGAAGGCUGUCGCUGCUUUAAGCAAACUUAGGGGCCGGCCUUCUGGCGAUAAAGUUUCCGAAAAGCAGAUCGAGGACACUCUUGUCUCCUUAAAAUCUGCUUAUGGUAGCGAUCAAGAAUCAGAAGGGAGUAUCUUUGAGGUGUUUCAAGGUCCGAGCUUGAAAGCAUUUGUGAUUGGUGGAGGUUUGGUCCUUUUUCAACAAAUAACUGGGCAGCCAAGUGUUUUAUACUAUGCUGGUCAAAUUCUUCAGACUGCUGGAUUCUCUGCGGCUGCUGAUGCAACACGAGUUUCAGUCAUUAUCGGUGUCUUUAAGCUGCUGAUGACAAGUGUAGCCAUUCUGAAGGUUGAUGAUCUUGGGAGAAAACCUUUGCUGAUUGGCGGAAUCAGUGGAAUCACCCUCUCGUUGCUUCUCCUUUCGGCUUAUUACAAAUUCCUUGGAGGGUUCCCAUUGGUUGCUGUAGGCGCUCUACUUCUUUACGUUGGAUGCUACCAGAUAUCUUUUGGACCGAUAAGUUGGCUUAUGGUAUCAGAGAUAUUCCCUCUUCGUACACGAGGGAAAGGAAUUAGUCUUGCAGUUCUCACAAACUUUGGUUCAAAUGCCUUGGUAACCUUUGCGUUCUCUCCGUUGAAGGAGCUACUUGGUGCGGAAAAUCUUUUCCUCCUUUUCGGAGCGAUUGCUUUGUUAUCCCUAGCAUUCGUCUUACUCUACGUCCCUGAAACAAAAGGGUUGAGCUUGGAAGAAAUCGAAAACAAAAUCUUGAAAUGAGACUUUGGUCGACUUUUGUAUUUUCCGAUAGCCAACUUUUCUUGUCGCGUUUGAUAGUCCCGUUUGUGAAUAAACGCUUAUAACGGUGUUUCUUUGACGUUCCGAUCGCGGACCUUCGGUUUUUCCUUCCGUUUUCUUUACUCUUGUGGUUCUCGACACACGAGAGAAAACGGAAACUAAAACCCGAGCCACAAAAUCUUAGUUUCGAUGUACAUGUAUAUGUGUUCUUUUGCACAUCAUCAUGCCUUGUGUAUGUGUAAUACCAUGCAUAAAAAAUUAUUCCAUUU